AUGGCAUCUGCAGCCGCGGAACCCAAUAGGGUGUGGCUGGACGGAGUGGCGGGCUCCUUGGGGCAAAUUCGGGUCGCGAACCUGACAUCGGCGCAAUGUGUCGGCAUCACCACCGUCGUCGUCCUCGUGUCGCUCCUAUUUAGGUUCGCGUCACCUCAGAUCGACCCUCGUGAGCCUCCGGCUGUGAAACCAAGCAUUCCGGUUGUGGGCCAUAUCGUGGGGCUGGUCCGGCACGGUGUGGACUAUUUCGAAGCGCUUCGGAAGUCACAAAGGAAGCCGGUGGCUGCUGCGACGCUGCCUAUGCUCAAUGGGAAAGUCUACGUGUUAUGGGAUACACCAAUGAUACACUCCGCCAUGCGUCACAAGAACUUGACCUUUGACGUGCUGGCCAUGGAGUUUGCCCAACGCGUCUUUGGUCUGUCUAAUCUAGCGAUGGAGAAGCUUUGGGGUCCGGACCACGACAUCGAAACGUCAGCUGCCGGAAUCACGAUGCAGCGUAUCAAAGCCGCUAUGCAGGGCCAGUACUUGCACCGUAUGAACGUCACAGCCCUCGAUUAUAUCGCCGACCACCUGAACGACAUGGAUUCGGACGGCUUGAAGAUCGACAACUUGUACAAGUGGCUGUUGUAUUUCAUGACUACGGCGACCUCUGAGGGUCUCUACGGCAAAGACAAUCCCAUUCGCCAGGAUCCUUCGCUGGUCGAUGCGCUGUGGGAAUUCGAGGGCAAUAUGCAACCGCUUUUCCUUGGCAUCAUACCAAAGCUGAUCGCCCGCAAAGCAUACGUGAACCGUGAGAAGGUCAUGGCAGCUUUGGUACCCUGGUAUAUGAGCAAGAAGGACGAAGCGCCCGACACCGCCGAGGUCCUCAAAGUUCGGGCCCGCACAGCUCGGGAGUUUGGCUUUCCGGAAGAGGAGAUUGGAAGGCUAGAGAUGGCGCUGCUCUUUGUCGCCACCACCAACACCAUUCCCACUCUGUACUGGUUCGUCACCAACGUGUGGCUACGACCGGACGUAGUCGAGGAGAUCCGGCGCGAAACACUAUCACUUGUCAAGCUGAGCAACCGCGAAGGCGGACAGCGCCGUCUGGCCACGUUGGAUAUCUCACAGCUGGAAGGCCACGCGCCGGUGCUGGUCAGCUGCUAUCGCGAAUCCAUCAGACUCGGCAACCAGUCCAUCGGGACCCGGCGCGUCGUUCACGAUACCGUGCUCACUGAUUCAGUGGGAAAUCAACAUCUUUUCAAAGCCGGCGUGGACGUGAUGUGGUCCGUCAAGGCCAUGCAUCACUCAGGGGAUGUCUGGGGCCAAGACCCGCUGGAGUUUGAUGCUAGGCGAUUCAAGGAGCAGGAUAAGUUCGAUCGUGCGAAGAAGCAAUCCUAUAUUCCUUUCGGGGGCGGCAAACAUUUGUGCCCGGGGCGCAACUUCGCCUUCGCCGAGAAUCUCGGCUUCGUGGCCGCCUUGGUGAUAGGCUUCGAGCUGCAGGGUCUGGACGAGGCGAACGUCAGAUUGGGGAUGUCGACCAUAGGGGAAGCUGUUGCUAAGCCUCCCGGGGAUGCGCGAGGAGGCGCCGUGGUGAUCAAGCGGAGGCAAGGAUGGGAGGAUGUCGACUGGAAAUUUACUUGUUGA